CAACUAUUAAUUAAUAAAAAAAUUACAUCAUAUCUCAUUCUUAUCCAAUAGAUAAGUAGGUGAAAAUAAUCAAACUAGCUCUUAAUUAAUUAUCUCAUUAACUAAUGAUAUAAACAUAUAAUCCAACAGUAGAAUUUAAAAAAUAAAAUAAAUACAAACUGAAAAACUAAUUAAUAUUGAAGUUCGGUAUUGAGAUCCAAGGCACUUCUAGCAGUUCCAUGGAAGUGUCAGUAGUUUUCAUUGGAAAAAAACUCAAGCAUGAAGAAGAAUCUCACGGGCAAAAGAGUAAUAAGAUGUUGCACAAAUACUAACCAUUAUUCGUCACAUGCUCAAAAGAAUCUCAUGCAGUGACAAAAGCAAGAAGCCAAGCGUUCCUCUUUAUAUAACACCCAAACUCUCUAGUUCAGAGAAAGCAAAGCAAAGAAAAGAAUUAAUAUUCAAGAGAAAUAUUUAUUUAUAAGUACUUUGAGGUUUUCACUUUUCAUAGCCACGGCUCAGCUCGCACAGCAACUCAAGGAGGAGUUCUUCUACGUUGUUAGCAGUGUUAAGAGUUUCAGCUUCAUGUCUUACACUAUGGGAAAACAAGAUACGGAAAUUAUUGUAGAAAAAAAUGAAGUUGGAACUCUGCAGAUUAACACGGCAAGAGAAAUUGUUUUAGGAGCAUCUGGUGUUGCUACAAAUGAAAAUCUCAAUUACGAUAAAUGCACUCCUGAAACUAAUGAGACCGAAGUCAUUGCAGAAAAGAAUAUUGAAACUCUACAGAUUAACACAGCAAGAGAAUUUGUUUUAGGAGCAUCUGGUGUUGCUACAAAUGAAAAUCCCAGUGACGAUAAAUGCACUCCUAAAACUAAAGAGACGGAAGUCCUUGCAGAAAAAAAUGUUGAAUCUCUGCAGAUUAACAUGGCAAGAGAAUUUGUUUUAGGAGCAUCUGGUGUUGCUACAAAUGAAAAUCCCAGUUACGAUAAAUGCACUCCUAAAACUAAUGAAAUUGAAGUCAUUGCAGAAAAGAAUGUUGAAACUCUGGAGAUUAACAUGGUAAGAGAAUUUGUUUUAGGAGCAUCUGGUGUUGCUACAAAUGAAAAUCCCAGUGACGAUAAAUGCACUCCUAAAACUAAUGAGACUGAAGUCAUUGCAGAAAAGAAUGUUGGAACUCUGCAAAUUAACACGGCAAUAGAAUUUGUUUUAGAAGCAUCUGGUGUUGCUACAAAUGAAAAGCUCAGUUACGAUCCAAAUACUCCUAAAAUUAAUGAGAUUGAAGUCAUUGCAGAAAGGAAGGUUGGAACUCUGCAAAUUAACACGGCAAGAGAAUGUGUUUUAGAAGCAUAUGGUGUUGCUACAAAUGAAAACCCCAGUCACAAUAAGGACCCUGAAAUUAAUAAUUAGUUUUCCAGCUCAACUUGAAGAAGACAAGUUUAAUGUUGUUCUCAUCUACAUUUUUACUUGGUUAUUUUCAAUGUGUUAAUGUUGUUCUCUAUAUAUAU